GUGCACAGAGCUCGGCGGCAGUGCUCAGCUUCGGCUGCACAGCGUCGAGGGCCCCAGCGGGCGAGCGAGCUCGUUCGAGGCCACGAUCGGACAGGUGGCGGCGGCCGCGGACUUCAGCGUAGAGGAGACACGGGCUCCAGUGAGGGAGUUCGUCGACCACGCGGUGGCCGACGAGCCGCUACAGAAGCGUCUGCGGGCGCUCCACGGCAGCCCCGAACAGGCCAUGAUGGAGGAAACCCUGGCGGCGAGCGUCUUGGCCGCAUACGAGGUGGAGUUGCGCGAGGCCGCUCCGCCGCCAGAGGCCCGCGCUCAGGCGGGAACCCGCUACGCGCGGAGGUGCUUCGCCGCUGCCGAGGAGAGCCGCGGCGAGCUGGAGACGGCCGUGAACUUCAUCGACCACGUGUACGUCAGGGCUGCCGAGCCUUGUGGGCCGACGGUGCCUAACCAGGCCCUCUGCGCCCUGGCCUGGACCGAGCGCGCGGCGGGCUUCGACCCGAGCGUUGGGUUCCCUUUUCGGCUGGAGGCCACCGAGACCCGCGCCUUCUGCGGUCAGCGCAUGCAGUACCGGCGGGGGCUCCACUGGCAGGAGGGCAGCGAAAAGCUGAAGUGCCUGGUGCCCAACCAGCUCGCCGAAUUCGCUUUCAACGCGCUAAGGGCGCAGCUGCUCGUCAGCUGCGCCCUUAGCGCGUUGACUUCGCAGCUCAGGUCGACUUCGACGGGUUCGAAUCAAGACAUCGCGUUCAAGACCACGGGCGUUGCGGCUCAGCCCCCGCAGCUGCGCGAGUGGGCGGCCCGGGGCUCUGGG